AUGGAUGGGUUUGAUGAUGAGCAGGUACCUGAGCAAGUAGAGUUUAAUGCUAAGAGUGACAUGAGAAAUGUUGUACUGAAGGAGAUGAAGUUCCCUAAUGCAAAGGUCUUCAGAGUUGCUUUGAGGGAGUAUGCAAUCAAAAAACCUAUUGACAUCAAAUUCAAGCUUAAUGAGAAGACCAAGAUAUCAGUUCACUACAAGAAUGGGUGUGGGUGGAGAUGUUAUGCAUCUCAAAUAAGUGGAGAGCUAACAUUUCAAAUUAAGACCUUGACUGAUGACUGUACUUGUCCCAAGUCUUUCAAAAACAGCCAAGCAACAUCAGCUUAUGUUGCUAAGAGGUUCAUUGAGGAUUUUAGCAAAAAUUCCAAAUUAGGAGUGUAUAGGUUAAAGAGAAAGGCAAAGGAUUUGAUAAAUGGAGAUGAGCAACUGCAAUAUGGUGUCCUUAGGGACUAUGCACAAAUGAUAACCACUGUAGACAAGGGGAGUAGGGUUAUACUGCAGACAGAAAUGGCUGAGGAGACUUCCCAGCCAAAAUUUAAGACGAUGUAUGUUAGAUUCAAUGCUCAAAAGGUAGGAUUUUUAGGUGGAUGCAGGCCAUUUAUAGGUUUAGAUGGUUGUCACAUAAAGCACAGAUUUGGUGGGCAAAUCUUAUCUGCCACUGCCAAGGAUGCAAAUGACAACAUUUUUUCAGUAGCCAUGGCUGUUGUGGAACAAGAAACCAGGGAGUCUUGGAUAUGGUUUUUGGAAAUUUUUGCUGAUGAUAUAGGGAGGCCAGAGGAGCUUCAGUUGGUCUUCAUUUCUGAUAGGCAAAAGGGAUUGGAGCUGAAGGAUGCAUUGUGGAGGUGUGCUGCUGCCACAACAAUAAGGGAGUUUGAGAGAUGCAUGCAGUACAUAAGGGAUUUGGAUGAAAAGGCAUAUGAGUAUCUUGCAAACAUUGCACCUGCACAGUGGACAAGGUCACACUUCACUCUUAGGGCUUUAACAGAUUGUUUGGUUGAAAGUAAGGCAUUUAGUACUACCCCAGCUAGUAGUUUCCUUUAUGAGGUAGGCAGUCAGCAUGAAAGGCAUAUAGUUGAUUUGGUGAAGAAGACAUGUACCUAUAGGUCUUGGGAUUUAAAUGGCAUUCCCUGCAAACAUGCCAUAACAGCCAUUUAUACAAACAUUGAGACACCAGAAGACUAUACCCACCCAUGCUACUUCAAAGAAACUUACAUGGAGAUAUACAAGAAGGUACUUCCUCCCAUGCCUGGCCAGUCAGAAUGGGCUAAGACUGGAUAG